AUGAGCGAAAGAGAUGAAGGGGAAGUUGAUGAUGAGCUUCUGAAGAGGGGAGGAGGGGACUCGGAGGAGACAGAGGACCGCAGUGACUUCGGGGAAAGAGUACGACACAUCGGCACGGAGGAGGGGGUGGAGGGAAAGCGAACAGACAGUUUAAUGAUGAACGGACCAGUGGUGAUAAAGCCCUGUGUGCUGUCUCACACCCAGUGUGGCACAGUUGGUCAGCAGUGGGAGGCUUUCCGGGGCCAGCGGAAAUCAGAAAUAAAGCGUCAGCUGAACAAUAUCUUUGUCAGCCUCCAUGGGCUGCCAAUCAUCUGCACAGUCCGCUGUCAGAAGUUUCUCAUCUCUCGGGUCGGAGAGGACUGGAUCUUCCUCAUCCUGCUGGGACUGCUCAUGGCUCUGGUCAGCUGGGUGGUGGACUUCUGCAUCGCCAUCUGUCUCCAAGCUCAGAAGUGGAUGUAUGGCGGUCUGGACAGUAACGUGUUCCUGCAGUAUCUGGCCUGGGUCACCUACCCCGUGGUCCUCAUCACCUUCUCCGCUGGCUUCACUCAGAUCCUGGCCCCGCAGGCUGUCGGCUCUGGUAUUCCGGAAAUGAAGACCAUCCUGCGAGGCGUUGUGCUGAAAGAAUAUCUCACCUUCAAAACGUUUGUGGCCAAAGUCAUCGGCCUCACCUGUGCUCUGGGCAGCGGCAUGCCCCUGGGCAAGGAGGGUCCCUUUGUCCACAUUGCCAGCUUGUGUGCGGCUCUCCUCAGCAAGUUCAUGUCUCUGUUUGGAGGAAUCUACGAGAACGAGUCUCGGAACAUCGAGAUGCUGGCGGCGGCCUGUGCAGUGGGAGUGGGCUGCUGCUUUGCUGCGCCCAUAGGAGGCGUGUUGUUCAGUAUUGAAGUAACAUCUACGUUCUUCGCUGUGAGGAACUAUUGGAGAGGUUUCUUUGCUGCUACCUUCAGUGCCUUCAUCUUCAGAACCAUCACGGCCCUUUUUAAAACCCGCUUCCGGUUAGACUUUCCCUUCGAUCUCCAGGAGCUCCCUGCCUUUGCAGUCAUUGGCAUUGCCAGUGGCUUUGGUGGUGCUUUGUUUGUCUACCUGAACCGGCUGAUCGUCCAGUUCAUCAGGAAACAGAAGACCAUCAACAGGUUCCUCAUGAAAAAGCGUCUGCUGUACCCUGCACUUGUCACUUUACUCAUUUCGACGCUGACGUUUCCUCCUGGCUUCGGACAGUUUAUGGCUGGACGGCUGACACAAAAAGAGUCCCUGGUUACGUUAUUAGACAACCGGACAUGGGCCAAGCAGGGGAUCGCUGAAGAAUUCGACUACAUUGGACACUCCCAAGCCUGGAAACACCCCCAAGUCAACGUAUUUGUCACGCUGGUCCUCUUCAUCGUCAUGAAGUUCUGGAUGUCUGCCCUGGCCACCACCAUCCCCGUGCCCUGUGGAGCCUUCAUGCCAGUGUUUGUCAUAGGGGCAGCGUUUGGCCGUCUGGUCGGGGAAAGCAUGGCGGCGUGGUUCCCGGAUGGCAUUAACACCGAUGGGACCAUCUACCCCAUAGUACCAGGAGGCUACGCAGUAGUGGGAGCCGCGGCCCUGUCGGGAGCGGUCACCCACACGGUCUCCACCGCCGUCAUCGUGUUCGAGCUGACCGGCCAGAUCUCCCACAUCCUGCCCGUGAUGAUCGCCGUCAUCCUGGCCAACGCGGUGGCGCAGUCCCUGCAGCCCUCGCUCUACGACUCCAUCAUCAGGAUCAAGAAGCUGCCCUACCUCCCCGAGCUGGGCUGGGGUCACCACGAGAAGUAUAACAUUCGUGUGGAGGACAUUAUGGUGCGGGAUGUACGGUACAUCACUCUUAACUGCUGCUAUCGAGACCUGCACAGCGUCCUGCUGACGGCCGGCCUCAAGUCUCUGGCACUGGUGGAAUCAGCAGAUUCGAUGAUCCUGUUGGGCUCCAUAGAGCGCGCCCAGCUCCAGUCGCUGCUCUCCCAGCAGCUGGGCCGCCCCAGACGGAUGGAGUACAUCCGGGAGCGAGCGGCCGGAGAGAAGAACCUCCUGCCCGUCGCGGUCAGCGAGGACGCCGGCCCCCGGGCCAGCCAGGAGGUCCGCUUCCAGAUCUCUACUGAGGAGUCCUCCUUCAGCCCCACCCGUCCACUACCUCAGAAACCCCUCAAACCUGCACUGAAGAGAUCCUCUGUGGUGGAGAGACCCACUGAACUCCCCACCAGCCCGCAUGAUAAUUCAGGCAUCGCGUUGAAGAGCUUGUUCUGUGCCAGUCCGGACGCAGAAGGCCUCGAGAGAAACAACAAUCUGGAGAUCCCCUUGUCUCCUGAGCAAAGGAGGCCGUCCAAACGGGUUCGGAUAUCCGUUGUGGACGAUGGAGACGUGGAAGAUGACAUGACCCUCAGAGAGAUUGCGGAGUGGGAGGAGAAGCAGCUCGACGAGCAGGUUAACUUCAGCACAUGCAAGAUCGACCCGGCCCCCUUCCAGCUGGUGGAGCGCACCUCUCUGCAUAAGACUCACACCAUCUUCUCCUUGCUGGGGCUGGACCACGCCUACGUCACCAGCAUCGGACGCCUCAUUGGGGUGGUGUCCCUCAAAGAGCUCCGUAAGGCCAUUGAGGGCUCGGUGACAGUCAAGGGUGUGAAGGUGCGUCCUCCCCUGGCCAGCUUCAGGGACAGCGGCACCAGCAGCAGCGAGAACGAGGCCACCGAGCUGCACAAGCUGUGGGACCGCCACAAGAGCGCCUCGCUGCCCCGCGUACACACCCCGUCCGAGUCGGACGAGAAGUCCCAGUGA